AUGUCCGAGACGUCGUUUUUCGCCAGAAACAGGACCGCCAUCGUGGCCUCCGUAGUGGCCCUCGCCGGUGUGGCCGGUGUUUACUACCUCAACAAGUCGCUGUCGGUGGAACAGGGCCCCAGUGAGCCCGCCUCCAAAAAGAAGAAGAACAAGAAGAAAAAGUCCGCCAAGGAGUCGGACGCUUCCUCUUCCGCUGAGCCAGAGAAACCGAAGACGGCAGAGGCCAAGCCUCCUUAUCCCGUCGAUGCCAACGGCUUCCCUGCCUACUCGGACGACGUCAUUGAGCUGCUUCUGAGUGAGGACAAGGAGAAGUGGGCCCAGGCACUCAAAACCGCCGGUAACGAGAAGUACAAGGCUCAGAUCUUCGAGGAUGCCAUUGUGUUCUACUCCGCUGCAUUGCAGAUCAAGAAAGACCCCGUCUUCUACUCCAACAGAUCCGCCUGUUACGCUGCCUUGAACAAGCACAAGGAGGUCAUUGACGAUGCUUCUGCUGCUAUCGAAAUCAAGCGCGACUACGCCAAGUGUAUCUUGCGUCGUGCUAACUCCUACGAGGCUUUGGAGAUGUACCCAGAGGCCAUGCUUGACUUGACUGCUUUGACCAUCUUCGGUGGUUUCAACACCAGAUCCGUAGAGCUGUCCUUGGAGAAGGUCUUGCAAAAGCACUCCAUCCGUAUUGUUGAAGAAAACAUGAAGAACAGAGUUCCUGAGUUGCCAUCUGCCUCCACCAUUGGCUCUUUCUUCGGCACCUAUGUUCCUGAGACCUCCCCUGAGGGCAUCUCCGCCGAGUCUGAGAUCCCUGACAAGUACUUGUAUGAUGCCUUGGAGAACAUCAACCUCAACACUGCUGAGGGUUACGAAAAGGCUGACUCUUUCUUGAACCAAGCUCUUGCUGCUUACAAUGUUGACACCUUGACUGCUGAGUCCCCUGAGGCCGCCAAGGCUUCCAUUGCCUUGGAAUAUGUUGCUGCUUUCCAAUUCAUGAAGAACGUUCCUAAUGAAGCUUCCGAGCUCAUUGAGAAGGCUGUGGCCUUGAAGCCAAGAGCCAGAACCUACAUUACCAGAGCUUUAAUCAACGCCGACAGAUCCUCUUUCACUGAGGCUCUCGCCGACUUCCAGCGUGCUCUUGACAUGAACCCUGAGAACCCCGAUGUUUACUACCACUUGGGUCAAAUGUUCUACCUCACCUCCGACUUGGACUCUGCUAGAAAGAACUUCGAGAAGGCUAAGGAAUACAACCCAGAAAACCUCUACGCUUACAUCCAAUUGGCAUGUAUUAUCUACAAACAAGGUAACUUCGAUGAGGCUGAGAAGGCUUUCACCGAUGCUCGUUUGAAGUUCCCAACUUCUCCUGAAAUUUUGAACUACUACGGUGAGAUCUUGGCUGAUCACAACAACAUCAAGGGUGCCAUUAAGCAGUACGAAAUUGCUGCUAGAUUGCAAGAUGCUUUGCCAAACUACAGUGUUGGUGCCAUUCCAUUGAUCAACAAGGCCUCCUUGAUUUCUAGAGAGGGUCUUGAACAAUUGCCAAUCGCUGAGGAGUUGCUCACCAAGGCCUGCGAGUUGGACCCUAAGUCCGAGAUUGCAAGAAUUUCUCUUGCACAAGUUAAGUUGCAGACUGACAAGCCUGAAGAGGCUGUCGAGUUGUUCGAGGUUGGUUCCCAAUUGGCUAGAACUUUUGAAGAGAAGGUGCAAGCUACUUCUUUCGCUGAGGCCACCAAGAUGCAAUUAAGAAUCAAGGAGGAUCCUGUCUUGAGUGCCAAGAUCAGCGAGUACUUGUCUGCUAACCCAUAA